AGCGGAAAGAACGUCUACGUCAUCUCUCCGCGACACGUCAACACUCAGCCCUUCGCUUGUAACGCCGUGCAACUCGGCGAAUAGUGACGAUAAAACUUUCUACGGACUAAAGAAUAUUUUGAGGCAUCUUUUAGAAAAGUGUUUCCGACAUUGUCGAUUUAUAACUUAUUUUAUUUUUAUUUUGUAUAUCAUUUGUUUUGAACGCAGGCUGCAAGAAGUCAGCAGAUUAUUUGGCAUGUGCCAAAAUUCCCGGUGCAGAUUGAAUUCAUUUAAAUAAUCACCAUCCCCGUUAUUCGGUGUAGACACUCCCGUCGCUGCCAGGAUGAAUGAAGAAGAGCUGGUGGAGUACUUCAGGGCUCAGAUGAGGACCGACCCGGACAUGGCCUCCGCUGUGGCCGCGAUCCGCACCCUGCUGGAGUUCCUCAAGAGGGACAAAGGUGAGACCAUCCUGGGCCUGAGGGAGAGCCUGACGUCGGCCACCGACUGCCUGACCGGCGUGGACUCGUCUGUGGCCGUGUCCUCUGGAGGAGAGCUCUUCCUGCGCUUCAUAAGUCUCACGUCCCUGGAGCACGAGGAUCUGUCUCGCUGUAAGAAGGUGAUGGAGGAGAGAGGAGAACUCUUCCUUGAGAAGAUCUCGAUGUCCAGAACCAAAGUGGCAAAACUCUGUCACACCUUCAUCAAAGAUGGCGCUAAAAUCCUCACCCACUCGUACUCCCGAGUCGUCCUGCGGGUGCUGGAGAGAGCCGCCGCCGAGAAGAAACGCUUCUCCGUGUACGUGACCGAGUCGCAGCCCGACUCAGCCGGGCGUCAGAUGGCGGACGCUCUGAGAAAUCUCAAAGUCCCGGUAAUCGUCGUCCUGGACGCCGCCGUCGGGUAUGUUUUGGAGAAGGUGGACCUGGUCAUCGUGGGAGCGGAGGGAGUCGUUGAGAGCGGAGGGAUCAUCAACAAGAUCGGCACCUAUCAGACGGCCGUGUGCUCCAAAGCUCACAACAAGCCGUUCUACGUCGUGGCCGAGAGUUUCAAAUUCGUCCGCCUAUACCCGCUCAACCAGCAGGACGUCCCCGACAGGUUCAAGGUGAGCAUCUCCCCGCCGGGGCGUUGUUGUUGUUGUUGUUUUCUUUACGAGCUUCUCUCUCUCUCCCUGCAGUACAAGGCGGACACGCUGAAGAACAAGGCCAACCUGUCAGAGGAGCAUCCCAUGAUCGACUACACGCCCCCGUCCCUCAUCACCCUCCUCUUCACCGACCUGGGGGUCCUCACCCCCUCGGCCGUCAGCGACGAGCUCAUCAAGCUCUAUUUAUAACUCAAUAAACGUCUCUUACGGGGAAA